AUGACCCGCUUGGCCAAGGUUGCCCUUGUCGGCUUGGGGUCGGUGAGCGGAGUGAAGGCAUGGGGUGUUCUCGGCCACGCCACCGUCGCCUACAUUGCCCAAAACUAUGUCACUUCAGACACGGCUUCUUGGUUGAGAAAUCUCCGUGUUGACCAGCCCAGGGCCCAGGGUGUCCUCGGGGAUACCUCGGAUUCUUAUUUAGCCAACAUCGCCUCCUGGGCCGAUGACUAUCGGGAGACGAAGGCUGGAAAAUGGUCGGCGCCUUUGCACUUCAUCGAUGCGGAGGACAAUCCGCCCAGCGACUGCAACGUGGACUAUAAUCGCGACUGCGGGAAUGCGGGAUGCUCCAUCUCUGCGAUGGCGAACUACACUCAGCGCGUUGGAGACGGUCGUCUCUCCGAUGCCAACGUGCAGGAAGCCCUCAAGUUCCUCGUCCACUUCGUCGGCGAUCUGACUCAGCCCCUUCAUGACGAGGCGCUCGAGAGGGGCGGAAAUGAGAUUGAAGUGACCUUCGACGGGUACCAGGACAACCUCCACGCGGACUGGGACACCUACAUGCCAGAGAAGCUGGUCGGCGGCGGGGAACUCACCGAUGCGAAGAGCUGGGCCGAUACCUUGGUCGGCGAGAUCCAGUCCGGGAAUCUGUCCUCCCAAGCCGCCGGCUGGAUUGACGGCGACGACAUCGGCGAUGUUGUGACGACUGCUACUCGGUGGGCCUCCGAUGCGAACGCCUAUGUCUGCUCCGUCGUGAUGCCGAAUGGAGUGGCUGCCUUGCAAUCCGGCGACCUCUAUCCCGAUUACUACAACUCUGCCAUUGGCACGGUCGAGCUUCAGAUUGCCAAGGGCGGUUACCGCCUGGGGAACUGGCUCAACAUGAUCUACAAGGCGAGCAUAGCCAAGCGUGAUCUUUCGGGUGUCUUGGGAGAGAGCGAUGACCCCACGCCCGACAUUGGUGGCCAUGACUUCCUUCCUGCGCGCCGAGCCCCCAGUCGGGCUCAACUGGCGAGGGCAGCCAUGGGCGGAUCUUGCUGCAACGCCCGUCACAACCAUUAA